AUGCUGCGCGGGUCCUCUUGCUGUCUGGCAAAGCGAUUUCGCUACAACACAAAGUAUCCGUCAUUGGUGUCAUACAACAAAUUGCCAUGGGAACUGCUCAACCACGAGACGCCGGAAUUCCACAUGCAUGUAGCGCCGCACUACGAGCAGGUUCUCUCUCUCGCCACGUCGACACAGGUGCCACAUCUCAUUAGCAAACAACACCUGGACGUGCCACCGGAACACCGCCUGCGGCUCCUUCCGGGGAUGCUGUACGUCUUGGAGGGCGACGUGCUACCGGCGGGAUUCAGUGAUAGGCGCGUACUUGACCCGACGGCGCUGCAGUACUACGGGCGUAUCGACAGCACUGUUGCGUCGGUUGUAGCGGUACGGAUGCUGAUAUCGGACGACCUUCGGCUGCUUUGCAACAGCGUCACACUGCGGUGGCCGCCACGGCUACCAGUUGCGCCACACGCUGCUCUGGCGUCGUUGCAGCAAGCCGAUGCGAAUGCGACCUUCACGCUUUUUCAUUACGUGCGACCGAAUAGGCCUCCGAGUGAGCUGCAGUUGGAGAAGUAUUACAUCCACGUCCCACACACCACGGCUCUGGAUGAGUUUUCAGCUUCUAACCCCAGCGGCAGCUCGUGGGAGCCGCGGCUGCAGGCGCCCAAGCGCAGCACUCGUGUGACACCGCUUCCUGCAUACCGACCACCACAGAGUUACUUGAUGGGGCUCGCGGAACGUCUCGCAGUUGUGCCCGGAAGCAGCUUCGGUCGUCGCUCGCUGAUGUGGGGCCACUGGUUUUAG